AUGUCACGCUCACUCCCUAUUCUCGCUGCGUUGUUGGGUCUAGCGAUAGCCCAAACUCCUGGAACAACACCAGAAGUGCAUCCAAAGCUUCAGACAUGGGAAUGUACGAAAGCUGGUGGUUGUGUUGCAAAAAAUAGUCAGUUGGUUUUGGACUCAAUGACGCAUCCGAUCUAUCAGAAAGACAAUCCAACAUUGAAUUGUGGGGAUGGAGAUGGUCCACCAAAUGCAACAGUUUGUCCAGACGAAGCGACAUGUGCACAAAACUGCAUCAUGGAGGGUAUCAGUGAUUAUACCAAAUAUGGUGUCUCGACUGACGGUUCAAGUUUGUUGCUAAAACAAUUGCUUGAUGGUAGGACAGUAAGCCCAAGAGUUUACCUCUUGGAUGAGGCGGGGGAGAAAUACGAUAUGCUCAAGUUGACUGGAGGGGAGCUUUCGUUUGAUGUUGAUAUGAGCAAGUUACCAUGUGGGAUGAAUGGUGCACUCUAUCUGAGUGAGAUGGAGGCGGAUGGUGGAAAGAGUGAAUUAAACACCGGUGGUGCUGCAUAUGGAACAGGAUACUGUGAUGCACAAUGUUAUGGCAAGCCAUUUGUGAACGGAGUGGCAAACCUCAAAGCACAAGGUCUGUGUUGCAACGAGAUGGAUAUCUGGGAAGCGAAUCUUGCAGCCACAUCCAUCGCACCACACACUUGCAACCAGACCAGUUUGUACAAAUGCAGUGGAGCUGAGUGCGAGUUCGACGGCGUGUGCGAUAAAUGGGGUUGCAGUUAUAAUCCAUAUGCACUUGGCAACAAGGACUAUUACGGUCCAGGACUAAAGGUCGAUACAAGCAGACCUUUCACCGUUACGACGCAAUUCCCAGCAAACGAGAACGGAACCCUGUAUGCGAUCCGCCGUCUCUAUGUCCAAGAUGGUAAGGUCAUUCAGAAUGCUGCUCUGAUGGUUGAUGAUUCCGUGGCUUUUGAUGAAUUGAACGACGCAUACUGCUCAAGACCUGGUGGAGGAACCUUCAUGAAACUCGGUGGUAUUCCUGGGAUGGGUGAAGCGUUGAGCCGAGGAAUGGUUUUGAUUUUCAGUGUGUGGUGGGAUGUUGGAGGAUUUAUGAACUGGCUAGACAGUGGUAACACUGGGCCAUGUAACGCCACUGAGGGAAAUCCAGAGGUGAUCAAACAGAUCCAACCUGAUCCUUCAGUGGUCUUCAGCCAGGUGAAAUGGGGAGAGAUCGACUCGACUUACUCUACAAAGUAA